AUGGCAAGCCGCCAUGACCUUGAGCUUCACUCCAUCGCCAACGGCGACAUCAAGGAAGACCCUUCUAGUCGUUUGGUAGGAGAGAUCAUCCAGAAAACAGCCAUGGCUUCCUCACCUACAUCAAAUGCGCUAGUUAAGCGGAGCUCGGAUACUGACCUGAUGCCACCUCCGCCCUUGAAGCGCAUCAAACGCCCGCCAAAAGUUCUUGACGAAGACGACUAUACCGAUGCACUGUCGCACAUCAUCGCAAGGGACUUCUUCCCCGGGCUUCUUGAAACGCAAACCCAGCAAGAUUACCUCGAUGCCUUAGAUUCGAAAGAUAAACAAUGGAUCGCUGCCGCAGGGCGCAGAUUGUCGGAAGUCAUGACCCCCGGUCGACAGGGCCGGCGAGGCGUGAGCUUGUCCACUCCGAUGCGCACCCAGCGGCCGGAGGAUACGCCCAGGCAGUGGGGCGGGGAUACGCCGAUUUCUGUGUCCUCCGCCGUAUCCUCAUCCCAAACUACGAUGACGGAAAGUACGAUGAAGAUUGAUGCGGCCAACAUGAGUCUCGGCGCGUUUCAGGCGAAAUAUACAAGCGAGGAUAACGAGUCGUUUAAUAAGCUUCUUGAUCGGCAGAAUGAGAAGCGAGCGGAGAAAUAUGCGUGGAUGUGGAGUGGGAAUAAGAUUCCGACUGCAAGGCAGAUUGCCUACCGGCGGAAAGAGUCGGAAAGGUUAGAGGGCCAGAAGAGGAUAGAGGGAAGUAGGGAGCUUAUCAAGACGGAUCUUGAUGCCCGACCCGCGAGACCGGAUGCGUGGAAACCAAAGGCUGAAAAUCCAUUGAUGUUUACCCCUUCGUCGGUGGAAGAUACGCAUGAGACUGUGCAACAAAAAGCUGAAGCCGCUUCGCGCGCUGGGCCGAAACGAGUUCUAUAUCAUAACACGAGGGUCGAACCCAUAUCACCCGCAAGCAAUGAUACCCUCAAUGCACCCCCGCCAUCACCCUCAAUUUCCGCCAUUCGCGAUGCCAUUGCUGGCCGGCCACGGCCCACAGAUUCGGAGCCCGGUUUCACUGGCGGUGAAACACCUCGAGUAAACGGCUAUGCGUUCGUCGACGAAGAUGAACCGGAGCCACAGCCUGCCUCCGUUGAACCAACUUCAGACGACGAAGACCCGCACCUUAGAUUCUUGGCUGCAUCCGCAUCGUCCACCCCAAAUCCUUUCAAACUGCAAGAAACCCGCCGUCGUGAAGCUUUGCACCAUCGCAUGGUUGAACGUGUCGCGAGGACUAAGCGUGUUGAAAAGACCGCUAGCAUCACGAAGACGCCGGUUCCAAGAUUUCCUAGUAGUCCCAUGGUGGGAUUCGGAGGGAGGACACCGGGUGGCGGAGCCGGAACGAGUAAGGCUGGUUUAACGCCUGCAGGACAAAGGCUGUGGGCAAGCGUGGGGAAUAGCACUCCCCGGAGGGCGGAGUUGGGGGGUGCUGGCGGAACGCUUUUAAAGAACAUGUGGACGCCGACUCCUAGGAGGAGUAAAUAG